GGUAAAAGGAAGAUAUCCGAUGAGACCAAGCGCAAUUGGCUUGAAGCGGUGAUCAAAGAAAAUGAAAUAUAGGAGCAUGCGCGUUUGUGCAGAGCAAGACCGAAGAGAACCGAGCGAGGACUGAAGUGAUAACCUUGUGCGCGCUACAUCUAGGCUACUGAUGCAACUUCAUGCCAGUCACCAGACAAAGAGCAUCAAGUUACACUGCAAAUGUACGAGAGGCCAGAGACACAACAAGAGUGUCAACAGUACUGUUUACAAAGAUAGUCAGCAGAGGUUACGAUAUGUGUUAUUGGAAUCAGGAAUACGCAUGGAUGGAAAAGAAUCCAGAAGGGACCACUGCUCCCUAAGGACUGGUUUACCAAUUGAUGGUAAUGAGUGGCAGGGGAGAGGUCCUGUAACUGAGAACAACUAUGGAUA